AUGGAUCCUUCCUCGGCGCAACUCCACCAGGAGGUUCGCGAUGCCGUGACCCGCGAGCUAGGCCACCGCAGACCCCUCUUACAUCACCUAAACGCCGACUCCAGCUGGCUGCUCCAGAUUCCACGCCCAGCCGCCGCGACGAAAAGAGGCGGUCGCGCGUACUACAAUGUUCUGAUCGACCCAUGGCUCUCUGGGGGCCAAAGUGACGUCGCUCGGUGGUUCUCACAGCAAUGGCAUCGCUAUGAGAGCGCAUGCAAGUCCAUCGCCGAUGUGGAGGAGCUGGCGCGUGAGGUCGAGAUUAUGGCCUCAGGAUUGCGCCUAGGCAAGGAUAGGUUACCAAACGGCCCGGACACGGGCGCAGAUGCGCAAACUCUUAUUGACGCGGUAGCCAUCUCUCACGAAUUCACCGACCAUUGCCACAAGGGAACAUUACUGGAAAUAGACCGCUUCGUGCCAGUUUUCGCAACAGAGAGUGCCGUGGAUGUUAUCCGCUCCUGGAACCACUUCCACCACGUCGAGACGAUACCCGUCUUCUCGCACAGGCAUCCCGAUUGGCGCGACGGCUCGAUUCCUCCGUUGCCCGAAUGGCUCAGCAUCUCACGCCUAGUCGAGGGCCUCGACUUCCUACAGUAUCACAGCGCUCUCAUCUUCUCCUUCGUAAUAACUUCCUCAACUCCCUCAGCCCCGACUACACGCUCCGCUCGAAGCUUGCCGAAUGGCUGGAUCCCGCCGUCGGACGAUUCUGAUGGCGCAGAGUGCAUUAUAUACUCCCCUCAUGGCAUACGACCAGAAGCGCUACGGCCUGUGGUUACCGCCUCGCCACCUCUUUCGGUGUUGGCGCUGAUACACGGUUUGCAUGAUGUUGCAAUCAACCCAGGGUUUUGGUGGGAGAACUGGUGGGCGAAAUCCCCCAAGCCGCUCCAGCAGCUCAAUCUCGGCGGAUUCAAUGGACUCCAAGCGCAGCGCCUCAUCCGUGCCAAGUACUGGAUUGGCACGCAUGAUGAGGUCAAAUGGGGAAGUGGUCUGGUCAACUGGUUCCUGAGGCGCAAAGUAAUCAGCGUGGAAGACGCGUUGCGCGCUGAAAAGGAUAGGCUAGUGAAGCAGGAAGAGACGGAAGAAGAGAAGCUGGAGCAGGUUCUGGACGACGUGCGGUUCGAAGAGGUGGGAAAUGGCGAGAGCCGUGUUCUCAUGUGA